GGCACGCGUAUGGAGACCGGGCCUGGCUCUGCAGUGUGCACCUUGCAUUUGAUCCAUAUAGUACACUCACUCGGAUACACCAUUUUGGUAUCGACGAAAUACAAUGAGUAAGAAGGAGGACGUCGACGCAGCGAAGUUAGAGGAAUACAUCGAGAAGAUUCAUUACUCAGAACGAUACUCGGACGAGGAAUACGAAUAUCGUCAUGUUAUCCUACCUCGACCUCUCUUCAAGAUGAUUCCCAAACAGUUCUUCAAUCCUGAUAACACCGGUACCCUACGGCUGCUCACUGAACGUGAAUGGCGAGGAAUUGGAAUCACGCAGAGCCUAGGAUGGGAACACUAUGAGGUGCACGGUGAGCAACACCCGAACCACAUGUCCUUCUUUUCCGACGACCAAAGAACUUCGAUGAGCAGAUCAUGAGACAGCAAGCUGAGAUGCAACAAUUAGCUGCCGGAAAGGUCGGGAGGAAGAAGUAAACCAUCAUUCUUUUGCAAGACAUCAAUGGGUUCCCCCUUCGUGUUUUUCACCCGCCGAUUUCUGCUAUGUUGGUCUUUGGCAACCCCCGCUUUCUGUCACCGUUUAAUUCGUAUUCCUGGACUUUCUGUUUUAUUAGAUUCCGCGCUCUGUAGCACACAUCGUAUUGCUCUCUAUCGCAAUCUCGCCUGACUCGAAUUUGUCUUUGGGUUUAUUGGCCUCGUGCCUUGUCGUCAUGUUCUGCGUAUCCCAAUUAUCAUUACUGUGAUCUAUUUGGCAUAGAUACUUGGCCUGGCAUGAGCUUACAUCUGCGUUGCUUCAAGAGUGACUUCUAUGUCUAAGCAUCAUGGUAAAGAAUGUGGCGUUGAAGAUCGAAAGUAGUACACGUGGAAUGAAUGAGGCUAUUGUUCG